AUGCCCCAGGCGUCUCGAAUGUCUUUCUGGCUUGGGGCGGCGCUUCGUUUUCAGGCUGUGGAGAUGUUCAAGAACGUCCGGGACAUCGCAGACCACAUCAAGCAGUUCUUCGAUUCGAAGCACCAGCCAACAUGGAACUGCAUUGUCGGGCGGUACUUCGGAUCGAAAGUCACAUACGAAAGCAAGCGCUACAUCUAUUUCAGCGUUGGGCAGCUUUCCGUCCUUUUGUGGCGAUGCGCGUAA